AUGAGCGUCUUGGCUCAUUUCGUUCUAGUCAAUACUGUUUUUUCACAGGGAGCUGUUUUUUAUGCAGGCGAAACUGUGUCAUGCACAAUUCAAUUCAGUAAUCCGCUACCAUCCUUGCCAUCCCAGCCCAGUACUUCAUCCUCAUCCUCAUCUCACACACGACACAGCCGAUCGAAAUCACCUCUUGGGCACUCACGCUCCCAAUCACUUUCAUCAGCUGAACUUGGUGCACUAGGGAAAGCAGAAGUCCCGAAAAACACCUCACGUAAUGUAGAAGGUCUUGUACUUGCCGGCCUAACGGCUAAAGCGAGCUCCCUAGCAAGUUCUACAUUUUCGUUUCUCACUGGAUACGCGUCCCAAAAAGAACCUGAACGACCCGAACCAACGUGGGAGCCUCACAGUCUCUCUGGAGUAGAAGAGUCUGUGGUAAGGUUGAUGGACCAGACACAACGAGAUGAUCAUCCAAUUUCCAUUGAACUCGAUGCUCAUGACGGUACUACUCCCCGCUCAAGUAGUGAUACGCAUUCUAUUCUCCUAAGAGAGAAUAUUGACAGUCGUCGUAGUUCUAUGGACUCACUCGCUUCUACCGCUUAUCAACGUCAACAUCUUAAUGCACAGCGACUAUCUAACUUGCUCAAGUCAUCUCACAACAAAAAACCCGAGCAUAUACUCUGGGGAUUCGCUCAAAUUGUAGGAAACUUUGUUGUCGAUCCUGCACUUAUAAACAAUAAUGAAUUUGCCUCAUUAAAACACCGGACAAUGUAUCGUCCUAAUGGUGGAGGGAUUGGGGGUGGAGGACUACUUGGAACUAAACCAGAAGCUCACUCAAAGAUAGACAGGGCAGAUACACGUACAACACCUGUGUUCUCGACGCCUCCUUCUGUACUAUUUGUUGAUCUGGAUCUUGCACCCGGAGAAACCAAGAAAUUUUCAUAUAAGCAUAAGUUACCCAAUGACAUUCCUCCUUCCCACAGAGGAAAGGCAAUACGGUUCAAUUACUACCUUGUUGUGGGCACCCAGCGCUUAAAUUCACUUACUCCCGGGCAGGUACAAGUGGUCCAGAUCCCAUUUCGCGUGUUAAACCAUGUGUCUGAGGACGGUUCACGUCCUGUGUAUGAUUUAAUGAACCCGGUGGUGAUCUAUAAUGAUGAGGCUAUUGUUGACACUAUUUCUGAUGAGGAUUCAAAAAAGAAUAAAAUUAAAUCUUCAAAAGGGUCUAAAAAAGCCGGUGACAACGCCAGAGAAGCGUUCUUGGAUUAUGUGGAUGAGCUCUUGGAAAAUAGUGCAAAAAACGCGUCUAUACAUGAGAUAACUAGACGUGAGAGCGAUGCUUAUGAUGAACCAAGCACAGAUCAAGAAGAGGGUGGAAUAGAAUCCAGAAGGAUGUCUGGAAAGACGUGUGCACAGAUUGUCUCACGGGUGACAAACGGCAGUCGGAAAGCCAUGUAUGAUAUCUGUAAGAAUAAUCAACGUGUAGCACAACUUCAUCUUAUCAAGACAGCCUACCGUUUGGGAGAACCUGUCAUGGGCGUACUGGACUUCCAAGGUGCUGCUUUAUCCACAUUUGAGGUCUCUAUCUUGCUUGAAAGUAGUGAAAUAGUUGAACCUUCGAUUGCCCUCCGCCAACCCCAACACAUUGCACGUAUCUCCCGAAAAUGCCAUGCAGAACACCAUUCAUUCUGCCUAGGACAUCGCCGUCUUGCAUUUUCUCUUCCUAUUCCAGCCAUAGCAUCUCCAGAGUUUCAAACAACAGGAGUCCUUAAAAAAAAUGGGGUACAAGUAAAAUUACAAUAUUACCUCAAGUUUGAGUUUAUCACAAGCAAUGGUAGCAAUCCUUUAGCGCCUCCAUUUAUCCCCAUUAAUAUUGAUGAACGACAUCGCCACUACCAAGCUCUUCAGGAUGUACAAGUAAGCACCUUUGACUGCCAGAUUCCUAUCCGGAUUUAUGGAUCUUCUGGUGGAGCCGAUCGAGCUCUUUAUGGACGACCUCACACAUUCUUUGUACAAUAA